CAUAAAUAUAAAACCAAGCUGGCGGGAGUGGAGGUUUAGGGUUUAUGAGGGUCAUUAGGGUUUAUGUCUCUGUGUUGUCUCUGAAUAUAUCAUUUCAGUUAUACUCGAGGUCUGUUAUUGAUUCCAGCCUCGAUGGAAGGAAAUGAAGAGCAGAAGCUCUCAGAAUUUGCUAUCAAGAUCAACCACGAAGCCAAACUCAAAGAGCUCCUCCGGAACCUGAACUCUCUGGAAUCGCAACUCUUUUCCGAGGCCUCCAAGGAGUUCAUCAAAAUCCUCAAAUCCGAUUUGGGGCCUGAAUUUCUACGUGCGUAUGUUGAGACGUCCUGCAAACUCGUUGAAAUUUCCCAAGCUUGGGAAUUUCGCAAAGGUAAACCCGGGUUUUAUCAGUUUUUGAAUUUAGUUGCUGCAGUUUUGAAGCAUUGGAAUCGGAAUGCGGUUGGUGAUGGUGGUGGUGGCGUUGGUCGCGCAUUGGAUAAGUUUGCGCGGGCACUGAUUGAGGAGAAGAUGGGGGAUUUAUAUAAGGAGUUGAAUAGUAAAGAGGCCAAGAGGCAGAACGCUGUGCUUUUGUUGCUGGCUUCUAUUGUCAGGCGUAAUUCACAGUUGGCAUGGGAAUUGGCCAAGGUUUUUGAUUUCAAACUCGCAGGAUUCCCUAAGUUGGCGGAACUGAGGUUGAGAAGGAAGAAAUUUGUUGAUAGAAGAAGGAAGAAUUACUCCACAAGGAAAGCAUUUGUAGGUUUUGCUAUGUCAUUCUUGGAGGUUGGGAGUCCAAGAUUGUUGAGGGGGGUUUUGCAGCAGAAGGAGAUGUAUUCAGGGGUGUUGAGGGGGCUCGGGGAUGAUGAUGAGGAGACUGUGGUUUAUGUUCUGUCAAUUUUGCGUGAUAGGGUGCUUGUUCCAGAGUCGUUGGUCCCUCCGGGGCUUAGGAGUGUGUUAUUUGGUAGCGUUACUUUGGAGCAGUUGGUUAGCAUUUCAGGGAAGGAUGACUUUGGGGAUGCAGCAGAGUUGGCACACAACGUGUUGCUUCUAGUAUGUACUGAUCCUGUAAAUGGAUUGAUGCCAGAUUUGGAGCGGCAUCCAAGUCCGCUCCGUGGGAAUCCAAAGCGUCUUUUGGGUUUAAUGAAGAAAUUGAAGGCAACAGAGGUUGCCUACCACAAGAGUCUGCUUAUGGCCAUUGUAAAAGGACGUCCUUCACUUGGUUCUGCAUAUUUGGAUGAGUUCCCUUACAGCAUUGAAGAUCUUGCAUCUGAUAAGUGGUUUGCUGCUAUUUCUUUGGCUGCAGAUGUGGUUUCCUCAGUGAGUGAUGGGUUUUCAUUUAGUUUUAUCGAUAAACCACCUGCAUUCGACGGCGAAUAUGUUCAAAAUAUUUUAAAAUGCAUAGGAGCACGCCCUUUCACAAGAGCAGUUAUUAAUAAAGGGUUACUUCACUCUGAUUCUCUUGUGAAACAUGGAACGUUGAAGCUUGUAUUGGAGACGUUAAAGUUGUUGGAUUAUUGUUUGAAAUCUGUGGACAGUUAUUCUCGCCCAAACAAUCAAAUGAUGCACAGCUGGGAAUCAUUAAAGACACAGAUUCAGGAUGAAGUCCGGAUGUUGCUUCCGGAUCCCCAAGUUUUGUUGUCUUUACUUUCUCCUCUAAACAGCCACUUCAAGAUGCUUGAGUCUACUACAAAAAGGAAGGCCGAAAUAGAAAUUGCAUCAGAACAUUCUGUUAGUAAGAGGUUGAAAAGUUAUGCUGCAAGUGAAGACUUGGAUAUUCUUAUAAGUGGGGUUAAUUAUUCUGAGGUAGAUUUGUCUAGGGAUGGUGGAAUUGUGGAAUCUGGUGGUGAGCAACAACCGGAGAAUGGAGUUGAUAUUUUAAUAUUUAUUAAAGAUUUGUGGGGUUUAGGUCAGAUGCAUAUUGAUCCAAGAGAUGGGGAUACAUAUUUUUACUCAAAGAUACUUGAUUCGCUUCAAAUCUAUUAUCGGACGAUGCCCAGGGCCAUGGAAGGAUUAUUUGAUUUGUUUAAAUUUCUGCCAAAUAAUCCUCUAGCGUUACCAACAAUUCUGCAGCAGUCUAUAUUAAACCUGCUUAAUGAGCAUGUGAGGCAGUUCUCUAAAGAUGCGAGCCCUGUCACAUCCCCACCACAAAUGUACAGGCACCUAUAUCCAUUUAUCAUCUUGUUGAUGGGUUCACCAGUCAGACACAUAAAGGAACAAGCUUAUGCCUUGGCAAAGGCAUCCAUGUUAAGCACUGGUGCAUUUGAUAAUAACACAAAGGAAAUUUGUGCAUGGUUCUUCUUUAUACCCGGCUGUAGCUACAAUCAUGUUUAUGUUGAAGACCUUGAAGUUGAAAUCUUUCAAAAAUUGUCAUCAGUUAUUGUCUCUUUCCUAUGUGAUGCUGUUUCCACAACUGGGAAUAACUUAUACAAGUAUAUGGAGUCCUUGAAGCAUUACAUCUAUGAUUCUGGGUGUGGUAAAGAUCUAUCUCCUGAAGUAAGCCCCUUCAUUAUUUGUGUCUUGGAGAAGUGUCUGCGGUUGCUUAGCUCCGAGUCUGGGUCCUUCACGAUACCCCAGAAGUCAUUGAUAUCUCUGUAUGUCUGCAACACACUCAAAUAUCUGUUGGAUACGCAGGUGAAUGCUGGGCCAUUAUCAUUUCUAAUUGAUCGUGUAUUAUCUGAGAAACUUGAGAAUGUCAGCAGAAUUGAUGACUUUGAACCAGUUAAAUGUCCAUGUGAGUGGAGGCCACUGAAGACACUAUUGCAUUUUGCGCGUGAUACUUUGCAUCAUCGGUGUUAUGGCAUUUAUUCAAAUGUUGAGAAUGUUAAGCGAUCAAAUAAUUCCUUUAUCAAUAUUCUUAGUGACAUUAAAGGAGUUUUGAGAAGUGAGUAUGAUAAUGGAGUUGUUGGAUUGGCAGUGGGAUUUUCCUUCUCGUUGAUCUGCACAGGACACACUGAGCUUUUGCAGAAUUUUCCAUUAGUCUUAUCUAUCUCAAGUAACCUACUUGAGGUCCCUUUCUCAGUUUUAUCAUCCAUAUUUUUCCUUGAAUCAAGUUAUCUUGCUGAUGUUUUGAAAUUGUGGCCUGAUAUGUUCUUUGCUGCUCUGGAUAGUGUUAUUCAUCAUACGGAAAAGAAAGAAGAAUGUCUCUGUAGAGUUGAUCUUGAUUCAAUGGAAGCUGCAUCUGUUGCAUUUGCUUGUUACUUAAGAAAUGCUCCAUUUUGUGUACUCUUUUCAUCCAUUGCACAAAGUAGUAGCUUGCAUUUAUUUGAGCAGUCAGCACUUGUAAAGUUGCUUUUGGAUAAAGUGACUGAGAUGCCAUCUGAUCAUUUGGUUUCUUCGUUAUGCAAUGUGCUCUUCUGGAUUAAUUAUGCAAGCUCAUACUACAGAGUCAGAUCCAUGGAUGAACUCGAGAUCCUUUCUGAAACAUGCUUUAUGCUUGCAGAGCACUUGUUGAAACAGUUGUUGGUUGAAAAUACAGACACUGUUGGUGCUGCUCAUGUUAAGGCUCCACCACUAAGUUGUGCUGUACAAGCGGUAGAAAUCAUCUUUAGUCAUCCUGCCGUAACAGCAUCACUGAAUUGUCCUCUGUCUAGUAAUAUGGAGUUUUCUGAUUCAGUCUUUGCUGAAACCUCAGAAAAAUUUCUUGAAUUAGCUAAAGAGGGGCUUCACAGAAUGGAUCACCGUGUCCUGACAUUGAUUAGAACAGUUUCUGAGCUUUUGUUCCCAAUGUACGAUAAUCAAGGAUCAGAAGAAAUGACAAAUGGCAGAAAGCGAAUAUCAGGAGCAUGUAAAGUGCUGCAACAGAAACUUUUUGAGGUGUUCAAGAAUAAUUUUGAUGCAUGUAUCCAGUCCAGGGACUUCAAGCCUUUGGUCCCAACAUUUUAUGCUUUAUACACUUUGAUUCAUUUCAUAUCUCCCUUUGAGCUGCUGGGAUUGGUGAACUGGUGUUUCUCUCGGAUUGAUUUCAACAAUUCAACCUUAUACCUAUCAUCAAAAAGAUAUGCUGUCUUUGCUAGUUUGAACUUAGCCAGUUGCUUUUUUGAUUUUCUCUUGGCCUAUAUGGGGAAGCCAGAUCCUGAAAAUAAACAAUAUUAUUUUCUGGAUGGAACAGAUGAGAUGCAUUUUGAUGUUUCACUGUUUGAACGAAUUUUUUUUCAAGUUCUAGACAUUAGCCGUUGUGUUCAACUGGAACUUGCUGAUGCAUGUCUGCUUAAAGCUGUCAAGGUCAUAAACAUGCGUAAAGUCAUCCAGUGUCCACAUCUUCCUUCUAUUAUGGUUUUAUCAAGAGUUAUGUCAGGCACUCCUGUAAGUACAUUUGCUUAUUGCUUGCACAAGAUCAAUAGAGCAAAAGCUGAGUUGGUGCAUCUUAUUGCUGGAAUGAGCCCCCUCCAUCUGUCUGUCUUUGGAUAUAUGUUCUCUGAAAUAUUGGAUAAGUCAUUGCUUCCUAAUGCCAUUGGGACACAAGAACCUUGUAAAUACUCUUUUUCCAAUGAAGAAUUAGUCAUGCUUCUACCAACUGUCUUCUUGUACUUAAAUUCAGUCAUCUCCAAAUCCGGGGGUCAGCUCUGCAAGCCUUUUGAAACUAUAGUUUCAGUGUAUGGUCGUGUACUCUUGGGUGGCUUUUCUAAGUGGAAGAUCUUUGUCUCGGGGAUUAUUUUUGAGAUUGGACUUGAUAAACCCUUGACUGCAUCCAUAGAAGAAUUUUUGGAUCUUUUUUCAGAUAGUCUUCUUGGAAAGGCAAUCCUUAUGGUACGAGACCAUCUGGCAUUACGAGAAGAUAUAAUGAAGAGUGAAAGGAGGUUGAGUCUAUUUAAUUCUGUGUGCCCAUCUAGUGCAGAUGAUAUUUUUGACUACUGCUGUGGUGAGACUGGGCUUCUUUUGCUGAAACAGCCUUUAGAGUUUGUGAACAGAGUAGUUGCAAAGAUAAGCUUUUGUAAGAUGAUAUUAUUUUCUGAUGAUGAUCAAUGUCAUCCUCAGUUGGAAGGUGAAGAGAAAAAGGUGAUUGCUCCACAAGUUAUCUUUGAUAUAGAAAAGUCAAGAAUCUGGUUUUUAAGGAUGUUAAUCAAUUCGUGGAUGUCGAUUGUCAGGACAAUCCCAGACAAUAUUAGUUACUCUGGAAAUAUUGAUGGCCAGAACAUCUCUUUAUUUAGAUUUUUGGAAGUCUUUGUAAUGAAUAAUAUAUUGGAAUUGACAAAAGAGAUGCAUGAUCAGCUUAUCAAGUUGGAUUACCUUCCCUACAUUGAACAACUUGUAAGGUCAUUUCUUCUUUAUAGGUUCGGGGAUCCUGUAACACUGAAGAUGCUCCGAACUGUCCUCACUUACUUGUCUGAAGGGGCAUUCUCAAGCGCUUCAGUAAUUCAGUUGUUGCUUGCUCACUCCCAAUUUGCACAGUCCAUUCAUUUUCCCUGCCAAUCACUUGUUUCUACUCAGUUUGGCUUGGUUUUUGCGCCUAUGCAGAGCAUCUUAAGGUCGCUUGUCAUUCCUCAUACUCAGCUAGAUUCCCUAGAUGGCAAAAACAAUAAAUUAACAUCUCAGCAACAUCUAUAUGCACUGGAACUUGUUAAGUUGGUCAGGGUAAUUCUCCAUCUCUAUGCGCAGCAAAGAAAAGUCAAUUUGGGAGAAGAUAUUGGCAUAAAUUCUAGAGAAUUAGUCUAUCUGCUCUUGUCUUCUUAUGGGGCAACAUGUACUGAAGUUGAUUUGGAAAUAUAUAACUUAAUUUUAGAAAUUGAGGCAAAUGAUAAGUCAUGUGCUGGGACAGUCUCUCAAUUGGAUUACCUAUGGGGUGUUGCUUCUUUAAAGGUGAGAAAAGAUUGUGCACAGAAUAAGGACAUGCAGUCUGUUGAUGCGGAAAACAUGGAAUUCGUUGAAGACCGUCGAAAGACUAAAUUCAGAGAGAAUCUCCCCAUUGACCCUAAGUUGUGUGCUCAAACUGUGCUUUAUUUUCCAUACAAUAGAUUUGUUAAUGGAGGAACUUUGAACAAGCUUCAAGAAGAUACUGCUACUACAGUUAUGCACGAGGCCCGUUCUACAAGUGAUAAGCUGCAAAUAUAUGAUCCUGUCUUCAUCCUUCGCUUCUCAAUUCACUGUCUUUCAGUCAGCUACAUUGAACCCAUUGAGUUUGCUAGUUUAGGUUUGCUUGCUGUUACCUUUGUCAGCAUAUCUUCAGCUGAUGAUGACAUGAGGAAAUUGGGAUAUGAGACACUUGCAAAAUUCAAGAGUGCACUAGAGAAAUGCCAAAAGAAGAAGGAUGUGGCAGGACUUCGUCUCUUAGUUUCAUACUUGCAAAAUGGAAUAGAAGAGCCAUGGCAGAGGAUUCCAUCCAUUAUUGCCAUGUUUGUUGCAGAGGCUUCUUUGGUACUAUUGGACCCAUCACAUGACAAUUAUUCAACCAUAAGCAAGCAUCUCAUGAACUUUCCUAGUGUGAACAUGAAAGUGAUACCAUUAUUCCAAAAUCUUUUUUGGAGUAGCUCUGUUAGUUUUAGAGCAGACAGGUUAUGGAUGCUCCGACUGUUGUAUACCGGGCUGAAUACAGAAGAUGAUGCUCAAAUAUACGUUAAGAACUCAAUUUUUGAGAUCCUCAUGAGUUUUUACACUUCUCCACUUUCAGAUAAUGAUUCAAAGGAACUUAUUAUUCAGAUAGUGAAGAAGGCUGCUCAAUUACAUAAAGCUGUUUGGUUUUUAGUUCGACAAUGUGGUCUGAUUUUAUGGCUGUCAUCUAUUGUUUCAUCUCUCUAUGGGAGUGAAUGCCAAGAGCGGAAAGAAUUUACCCUCACGCAGUUGGCUAUUGUGUUGGAGGUGGUAAAUUGUAUGACAUCACCCAGAUAUAUUGUUGAAUGGUUGCAAAAGCAUGCUAUGGAGCAGCUUUCAGAACUUUCAUCACAUUUAUACAAACUUCUAGUUGGUGUUGAUCUCAUUAAAGAACAAAGGACACUGUGCGACACAAUUCUACAAAUAUUGACCUUAAUGCUAAAGAUAUCACAGAAGAGGAGGAUAUAUCAACCACAUUUUACAUUGUCAGAGGAGGGUUUGUUUCAGCUGUAUGAGGCUGUUGAAGUAUGCUCGAAAACAAGCUGCAAUUCGACCGCAUUUUUGGGACUCCAAGCUGUUCUCAUGAGUACUCCUCCAGCCACUAUUUUCCGGAUGGAUCAGGGAAAGCUUUUGAAGUUUUUGAGAUGGACAGUCACAACUGCUAUCCAGUCAAAGCCAACAAAAGUUUCUGAGGCAGAAGAUUCUGAUUAUCAUUUGAUGGCAGUCUCAGAGAAAAAAACUCCUGAAGAUCCCCUUGUAUCAAAGCUUUUGUGCUGGCUGACCGCCGCAGUGAUCCUUAGAAAAGUUUCUUGUAAAUUAAGCAAACUCAACAAUAAUAGUUUCUUAGAAAGACAGAACCUAGACAGUCUGCAGUCUUUGUUGGAAUACUGUGAGCCAGGGUUUGGGGAAGAUGCAGGAUGUGGCUGUGAAGAUGUAUUAGCUGCAUCAAUAUUUUACCUGCUACAGAUGCUGGGUUUUAGCCAUGCAUUGCUUCCGUCGGCUGUUUCUGCACUCUGUCUCCUACUUUUUUCUAAUUCACCCUCAGGUCAUAUUUCCAGCCAUGGAGGGACCUAUCCAUGGAACUCAGUCAGGUACAGAAACUGGAUGAAGUUCAUGCUUGUGAGAGACUUCUGAUAGUAGCUUCAAACAUUCUCGUAAAAAAAGCCGGAUGUUUGCAUUUUUUUCCACUUAAAGACAUGGAAGACUUGCAUGUAUAUGAAUGGGAACGAAGAUUGUUUCAUUCUGAAUAAAAUCGUGAGGUAUGUUAAAUGCCUCACUUCCAAUACUAUUGACACACCAGUUGCCUUUAGCAUGUUAAAGCGUCAUCAAAUUCUUGCUAUAUUUUGGAUUUUUCGCUUUGUAAAAAGCAAAUUCUGUGAAUCUGCAAAAUUUGUUGAAGGGGAAAUUCGGUGAGCAAUGAUCCUUUGCCGUGUUGGAUUUCUUCAAAGUGAUGUGUACAGGAUUGCACGUACUCUGUGUGCGAGAGACGCAAAUAUGAGGUUGGAUUUUUAUUUUAAAUUUUAUUAUUUAUUCUAUUCCAUUUAAUGUGUACGUGCUACAUGUACAGAAUUAUCCAACACCUAACUGUUUUCGAUAGUGUGUGGAAUACUGAUAAUUGCUUCGUUCAGUUUGGUAAAUAACCAAAAUUUUGGUAAUUUCGUUUGACAAAAUUGGCGGAUCGGUCGAAAUUUUAUGAAAAAAAAUUGAUAAAAGAAUAUAAAAGUUCACCUUCCAAUUCUCAAAAUAACAACUGUAGAAAUUUAAUCCAGACAACAUGAAGUCUUAGAGAAAACUGAUAUAAGAACCAAGAAACGAAGUAAUAUGUACUUGUGUGUGUAUAUAUAUAUAUAGUUUCAGACGAAACUUAAAAAAA